AUGGCGUCGACUAAUAGAACUUUGAUCCCAUUCAAUGCAACUAGAUUAUUUCUUAGAUACGGGUCUUUGUUUAACUAUGACAUUGAAGGGAAUGCUGAGAGAAAGCAAAUAAUCAAUCUUGAUACGGUAUCCCCUUUGACGUUCGGACAAAUUCUUGACUAUAUUUAUACUGCUGAGGUAGUAUUGGAUGAUAAUAAUGUGCAAGACAUCUUUCAGUCAGCAGAUGUUUUGUUGUUAGCAGAUCUCAAGCAACUGUGUUGUGAAUACUUAGAAAAAUGCAUCAGCCCAGAAAACUGUAUUGGGAUAAGAAACUUUACUGAACGCUACUAUUGCCAGCAUAUUCACUACUUAGCAACAGAGUGCAUGGAAACCAAUUUUUUAGAAGUGUGUCGUAAUGAAGAAUUUUUACAACAACCAUUGGAAAAGGUGAAAGAAAUCUUAUCUAGGGAUCAGUUGCAGACACUUUCAAGGAAAGGAGAAGAGGUCAUCUUUGAAGCAGUUAUGAGUUGGGUUAGGCAUGACCUGACAAAGCGAAGUCCUCACAUGAUAGACCUGCUCACAUGUGUUCGAUUUCAUCUUGUCAGCCCCAGUUAUUAUGCACAAUACGUUAUAAAGGACGAUUUGAUUGCAAAGAAUCCUAGCUGUAAGAAAAUGAUUGAUCAAAUGUAUUGUGAUAAACUUACGACACGGACACUGAAAGUGAGGGGAUAUUUUGAUGCUAUAGUGGCUGUUGGUGGACAGGCACGAAAUAAUGUAGAGUUGUUAUCCACGGUGCGAUGUGCAGUCCCAUACACGAACCAACCCCAAUGGUUAGACUUUCCUGCAAUGUCAACGGGAAGAGUGUUACACUCAGUUGUCUCUGCAGGAGGCUUUUUAUUUGUGAUUGGUGGAACAGACGUGUUUGGAAAACCACUUGACACUGGAGAAAAGUAUGACCCACAAACAAACUCUUGGUCAGCCAUUACACCCAUGCUACAAAAACGUCAUGUGUUUGGUUUGGUAACCAUUGACAACCAUAUUUAUGCUAUUGGUGGUUGUGAAGAUGAAAACAUAAAGACAAUGGAGGCAUACAACAUAUACAAUGACACAUGGGAAAUGAAGCCUCCCAUGCAGAUUACAAGAAGAAAGGCUGCAUAUACCACCAUGCAAAAAAAGAUUUAUGUUAUCGGAGGUGAUAGCGGUGGCCAGCCUAUUCAGCCUGUUGAUACUGUGGAAUGUUUUGAUCCAUUGUCACAGACAUGGAGUAUUAUUGCCCCUCUGAAAGAACGCCGUUUUCAAGCCUUUGCGCUUGGUGUGUAUGAUAGGAUCUAUGUGUUUGGUGGCUAUCGGAAUUUACUCUGUCCGAGCGCUCAGAAUGAUUUGAAAUUUUGUCACAGUGAAGUGUACAAUACUGAAAGACAUGGCUGGGAAACUCUUCCAAAUGAUGGAAUGUGCACGAUGACUACUAGCUCAGGAUUAAAUGGUGUAGUACACAUCCAGGGUAACAUCUAUGUAAUUGGACAUUUGGAUACUGGACAUACUUAUCAGUGUGUACGUUUCAUGGAUGAAAAUGGUUGGGGAGGAUGGAAAAUUGCUAUAACACCCAUGCUGAAUGAUCAACUCUACUUUGAAUGUGCUGCAUUGAGGAUACCUUGUAGUUUAUAUCAUAAAAUGGUUUGUCAAUAUGGCAGUCAGUCUUAA